GGGUUUUUCGUUGAGCCUUAUAAAACUGAAGUACAAAGCUUUUGCUUUGCCUUGUUCUUCUAUUGCCUUCAGAACCCUAGCCCCCAAUCUUCCCCCCAGGUAAGACAUGAAGCACAACAACGUUAUUCCCAAUGGUCACUUCAAGAAGCAUUGGCAGAACUAUGUAAAGACAUGGUUCAAUCAGCCUGCUAGGAAAACAAGGAGACGCAAUGCUAGGCAGCAGAAGGCUGUGAAGAUCUUCCCUAGGCCAACUGCUGGAUCUCUCCGACCCAUUGUUCAUGGACAAACACUAAAAUACAACAUGAAAGUCCGUGCUGGCAGAGGAUUUUCGCUUGAAGAACUGAAGGCAGCUGGUAUUCCCAAAAAACUAGCACCAACCAUUGGCAUUGCUGUUGAUCAUCGUCGCAGGAACAGAUCCUUGGAAGGUCUACAAACCAACGUCCAGAGGCUGAAGACUUACAAGGCUAAGCUAGUUAUCUUCCCAAGGCGUGCCAAGAAGGUCAAGGCUGGUGAUUCUAGUGCAGAGGAGCUUGCUACUGCCACCCAGGUCCAGGGUUCAUACAUGCCUAUUACUAGGGAGCAGCCAGCUGUUGAACUUGUGAAGGUCACAGAUGAGAUGAAAUCAUUCAAUGCCUAUGGCAAGCUGCGAAUUGAGCGUACAAAUGCCCGACAUGUUGGAGUGAGGCAGAAGAGGGCAGCUGAAGCUGCAAAGGACGAGAAGAAGUGAGCAAUUUAGAGCUGUUCUGUAGUCUGUUAAGCAUUAUCAAAACUUUCUAGUAGACCUUGUGAUGAAGGUUUAUUCAUACAAUCAUUUUGAGGAACUUAUGUUUUUCAUGUUAUUCAAGGAUUUUGUUUUGUUUGUGA